AUGGCUAACCAGUCAAAGCCCAUGAAAACAUCUACUGCUGCUAUUGCCGCCCUCCUCCUGGCUGCAUGCACUGUCCCCGUUACUGCAAUUCCUAUGCCUUCUGCUCUCCCUAUCCCCGAGAACCAGCUUGCUCCUGUUCAGCACCGUGUCGCUCUUGCUGGCGAGAAUGGCAUCGCUGUUUCCUGGAACACUUUCACCCAAAUCUUUGGACCACAGGUAUUUUACGGAACUAACCCCGAUCAACUUACCCUGACUGCUUCUUCCAAUAUCUCCCAGACCUAUCCUUCCUCAAGCACUUAUUCCAAUCAUGUCAAGCUCUCAGGCCUCAAGCCAAACACCACAUACUACUACAAAGUUUCCAACUCCCCUGAUAACUACCCUGUUUAUAACUUUACUACUCCUCCUACCUCUAAGAGCAACUCGUAUGGCUCUUUCAGGUUUGCCAUGGCAAUUGACCUUGGUACCAUGGGUCCUCUCGGUCUUUCUGAAACCACCGGCAGUGGUGAUGGUGGUGUUUUGCUUCCAGGUGAGCGCAACACCAUUGAUGCUCUGGCCGCCAACAAGGAUGAGUACGAGCUUGUUUGGCACCCUGGUGACAUUGCUUACGCCGAUUACUGGCUCAAAGAAGAAAUUCACGGUUACCUCCCUGAAGACAUUUCCAAAGGUUACGAAGUUUAUGAAUCUAUUCUCAACGAAUUCUACGACCAAAUUUCCAACAUCUCAGCCUACAAGCCUUACAUGGUGGGUCCUGGUAACCAUGAGGCUAACUGCAACAACGGUGGUACCACCGAUAAAAAGAAGGGCAUUUCUUACACUGUUGACAUGUGUAUCCCUGGUCAGACCAACUUCACUGGUUAUCAAAGCCACUGGCGUAUGCCCAACGAAGAGUCUGGUGGCUUGAAGAACAUGUGGUACUCCUACAACUGGGGUCCUGUUCACUUUGUUCAAAUCAAUACUGAAACCGAUUUCGGUAAUGGCAACAUUGGCCCUGAUGAACCUGCUGGAUCUGCCGGCGAAGACGCAGGUCCUUUUGGCUCUUACCUCAACCAGCAGUAUGACUGGCUUAUCAAGGAUCUUUCCACUGUUGACCGCUGCAAGACCCCUUGGGUCAUUGUUGCUGGCCACCGACCUUGGUAUACAGCUGGUACAGAUGCUGGCUGUACUUCUUGUCAGAAAGCUUUCGAAGCCGCUCUUGUUAAGUAUGAUGUUGACGUUGCCGUCUUUGGCCACGUUCAUAACUAUCAGCGCUGGAGCCCCAUGAAGUUCAAUGCUACUGACCCCAAUGGUCUUAACAACCCUUCGUCUCCUUGGUAUUUAGUCAAUGGUGCAGCUGGUCACUACGAUGGUAUGGAUGACCUUAACAAGACUAAGCCUGCUGGUUUCAAGUUCGGCUUUGACAAUACGUACGGCUGGUCUCGUUUCACCGUCCAUAAUGAGACCCACAUUACCCACGAGUUUGUUGCAUCUCGCAAUGACUCAGUCAUGGACACUGCUACCCUUUUUAAGAAGCAUAACUUUGGCACUUGCGUUGCUUCUAACAGCACCUCUAAUAGCACCUCCACCGGCACCCUUCCCCAAGAAACAACUUCUUCAGCCGCCGUUGAGGAGGCCAAUGCUGCCGCUAGUGUCACCGUUGUUCACACUAGCAUGAUUGGUGCAAUUGCUCUUGUUCUUUUCCUCUUUGCCUUUUAA